UGCCUCUCCAUAACAGCCACCCAGAGGACUGUCAUGACUGGCGUUGGGGGAAUUGUUUAAUUUGCACGACUGCAAUAAAUCAUCUAAACUGUGCACGUGCCCUUCAAAAAGGGGAGGGCAGCAGAGCAGCCAUGGCAACCGCACAGUCUGCUGUGACGUUUGCAGUGUGCAUCCUGGUGAUAACAGAGCUGAUACUGGCUAAGAAGGACUAUUAUGAUAUACUGGGAGUGCCUAAAGAUGCUACUGAGCGACAGAUAAAAAAAGCUUUCCACAAGCUUGCGAUGAAACAUCACCCAGAUAAGAACAAGAGCCCCGACGCUGAAGUGAGGUUCAGAGAAAUUGCUGAAGCUUAUGAAACUUUAUCAGACGAAAACAAAAGAAGAGAAUACGACCAGUUUGUUGACACCUCUGCAUACUUCACUGGGGAGACGCAAGGCAGACAUCGGCAGGGUGCCCACCAACCUUUUAACUUCAACUUCAAUGACAUUUUCAAAGACUUUGACAUCUCCAGCCAGAACAGGCAUGCCCGUCAACAGAGACACUUUAAUGAACACUCCAGGUCCCACAAGGACUCCCACAGCAGACACAAGAGACACUUUCAAGGAGGUUUUGGAGCAGGUGUCUUUGAUGACAUGUACGACGACAUAGAGAGAAUGUUUACCUUCGAUAGACACACCAAACAGACUGACAACAGGUUUCAUGGAUCAUCAAAACAACACUGUAGAACAGUGACGCAGCGCAGAGGAAAUAUGGUAACCACCUACACAGACUGCACUGCUUCUUAAGAUGCGAUGUAAAAUGACCACUGAUUCCUAAUUGCCUUUAUGGAAUACAAUACUGUUGUAUUGAUUUGGUAACGGAAAGCCACUUGGUCCAAAUGCUGUGAAGUUUCAGCAGUGACAUUGAUAUCUGACAUUCAGGCACAUAAUGAUGUGAACAGUAACACUCAGUUUACUUAGCUUAGCUUACAUAAUUGUGGUUUCAAACUAUUCCCUGUGUGUGCUUGUGGACUUGAACAUGAUUGUAGUAGUUUUUCACUUAUUGUUGAAAUAAGCUGACAGGAAGUACUUUGUCAGUAUUUUUUAAGGACCUUCUUUGAUCGUGGAAUUGUACAGUUUUGAAAAAUAAAACACUCACACUUAAUUUGGCACAGGAAUACCCAUGUGCCAGUUCACCACUAGUUUACUGCUUCCACCCUGUUAUUUUGUUCAGUUUUUACUUUCUUUUGUAUAGGUUGCUAUUGUGGGUCUCAAAACACAGCUGAAGGUGGAAACAAUAGAAACCGCUGGAAUUUUGCUUAUGGUUGGCAAAUGGGUCGCAAUGUCAACACAACUCUGCAACCCUCCACAUGUUGGCUUGUUUAACUGUUGUUUCUGCUACACUUGUUGAAAAAGCGAUGUGCUCUGCCAGUGAUGUUUUUUUUUGAACAUCAUAUAAUGUAAAAUGUGUGGUUAAAUCUCCAUCAGUACAAUUGUAAAGUCAUUGUCAAUACUAGUAGAGAAAAGGUAUAAGUAAAUAGAGAAAUGCUUGAGACCCUAGCCUUUCAAUUAACACAAUUAAGUGUGAAGCCCAUAAUGUCCUGUUUUUCCUGGUGUUUGUGGUAUUUUGUGCACUUUGUAGUGGCAAAGGAAAUCUGGGUUGAGGCCAUCUUUAAUACAAAAAAGGUCACAACCAUUUCUGUACACACUUUUACUAAUAUUUUCUAGAUCUAGAUUCAAUCUGAAUUUACUAUUAGAAUGCUUGAAAUGUAUCAAGAAAUUCUCACAAACCUUUUAGUGGCAAAUCAGAUAAACUACAAAGAACUUGCAGAGGACCAAUUCAGCUUUAAACUGACUACAGAACUUACUAUAGCUUUCAUGACUUAUAAUUGUAUUAGUCACAAGGUUUAUUGUUUUAUUUAUUUGAGAGUGCAAGGGUGGACAAUUUUGCAUUUUUUUAUUAACCUUAAGAGUAAGAAUACUGCAGUAGUACAAUGCUGAAAUACUGUAUGUAUAAGAGCAUACAUGCAUUGAUGUUCAGCACGUUCUCGGAACUAGUGGAUGAAACUCCCAGUACAAACUGUUUUCCAUAUCAUCUGUUACCUCGUACCUUUUAAAGUGAUAUGUUCCUUUAAAAUCUUAGUGUGAAAUAUUUAUUUUCUUUAAUGAUAGUGUUGUAAAUAUUCAAUGGCACUUUUAAUUUUGUAUAAAAUGUGUUUCAAAGCACAAAAA